UAACCCAACACUUUAUAAACCACAGCCAGCAGAAGGCGUGUUAAAGCAGUGGGUCGACCACAAUCUACAGUGGAGUUCAUUCACUCAAUCUACUGAUCCAACACAGCUGAAUGAAAUGCUGAGUAAAAAUAAUCUUUCAAUGUUUGGAGGAACGUCUAACGGUACUCACGUGUCAGCUGUCAAUCAAACGUCACACAAAGAUUUUUCAACCUCUGUGUCGGAGAUAACGCGUCACCUCGAUAAACUACAAAGUGACGACACCAUGUUUGACUGGUUAGAAGCGACUUUCAGCAUCAAAGAAAGAAACGAAUCACAAUUUGUACGAGCGCUCACCACUGCUAUUUGUAUGAAGGCUAUCGUUGAAAAAGGUGGAGCCAUGGAAGUGGACAAGGAAGUGAUCAAAUCACGGACUUUAGUUUUUAAGAAAUUUGUCGACACCGAAGAUAAAGAAUUAGAAGCUGUUUACGCGUUACAGAAACUUUAUUCAGAUUUGGAACAACCACCAAAUAUUCUUAAAUUGUUGUUCGAUUUAAUUUAUGACGAAGAAAUAAUUUCGGAGCAAACGUUUUUUAAAUGGGAGAAGACGGACAACCCAGUCGAGAGCGAGGGAAGGGGGGUCGCCCUGAUGUCGGUUAAACCUUUCUUUACUUGGCUACGUGAAGCUGAUAUUGAAAGUGAUGAAUAGAAGUUGUUACGUCAUAAUGGAAAACAAUCGCGUGUUAUAUUGAGAGAUGCUUUGAUGGCGUAUUUAUUAUUUAUUGCCUUAUUUUCCUAAUUGUGCGAUUUAAUUCGAAAUAAGUCUCGGGACAGAAAGUUUGUUUGUCGUGUGGUUGGUGCUGGAAAUUAAAGAAACGGGUGGGCAUGCUUUCAGUUAAAACGAAUUCAAUCUUUUUCUCUCCGAACGUUGGAGAAGCCGAGUAUAUUUCAUUGAUAUGUAAAUACAAAGUAUCAAAGUUAA